AUGCAUGCGAAUGGAUGCGCACUAACAAGGAAAUCACAUCUUCGUUUUUUGUAUAAAUGAAAGCGCACGUAACUUUGCGCAAUCUUUGGCGGGCGACCUUCUUGUCAUGAGGCUAACAAAGGUUUUUCUAUUGUUCUGCUGUCUGGAUUAUGCGGUUGGGCUAACCGGACAUGUAUGCACCAUCAUCCAAUACUACCAGCACUGGACAACUACAAGAACCGGCCUAUGGGGAUGGGGAAGAACGUCGGUUUCCAGACUGAGAAGCACUAAUGUGCAGGUCUGCUGUUUUGGAUGGAAGGAUAACGGACGUGGAGAGUGUGUCAUACCUAUAUGCCGCACGCCAUGCUAUAAUGGCGGCACGUGCAUAGCGCCCGACACGUGCAAGUGUCUGCCGUCAUUAGAGGGGGCGAAUUGUGCACAACAUGGUACGGGAUGAUGACUCGCUGUUGGCAGACGGAUGCUGCUGACCGACCUGAGUUCAUGGACAUACUGGCGACACCUGUGGACAACUACUAUUUUUACAAAUGAUAGACGAAAUUGGCAUACAUGUCUUAUAUACUUGAACUUUAAACUUAACUAGUGACAGUUUAUCAUAAUAGUAUUCGUGAAAACGAACGUUGAUUGAUUUAAGAAAAUUAUUUAACUUAAAACUGUAAUAAAUCUAAAAUAUAGUUACUUUGAAAACUAUGAUUGUUAGAAAUAUCAGACUGGCUUAUAGGCAGGGCAAAACCUGUGACAAAUUCUAAACAUUAGCACGUACCAAAUGAAACAAGAACAUUAAGUAAAAAAUUUAAUUAAAAAAACGGUUGAAACAGUAUAUUUAUUGUGCAAAAAGUUCAAUCAUAUAUCUGCCCCAAUACACACGCAGCUUUACGUGUAUACUCCUUUCGUGAAUUUUCGUGUAUUUAUUAUUAUAAUGUUUCAUUAUGCUAACAUUAUUCAUUCGUAAAAAUGUAUUUUAACAAAGCUUAAACAAAACGUAGUCAAUAAUUAAUUUAUGAUGAGUCGCUCUGCCAUUCCAAGUGAUUGAUUUUGCUGAAGGUGGUGGGCACUACAAUAAGAAUUAGAUUUGCACAUCGAUGUAUUAUGAUGAUUGUUCCAAUCUUAUCUAUUGCUCCUGAAUAUAUUAAUUUCCCAUUUUUUAUGUAGAACAAACAAAGAAUUAAUGUCAUAGACCAAUAAUUAGAUAAAUCUCCGUUUUAAAUUUUGUUUUAAAAUUGUUGGGUAUUUUUCUUAGAAUAUAUCAUGUUUUUUAAUUUGUGUGUGAACCUGAUUAAACCAAAAUAUCAAG